AUGAUUGUUGGUGAAAAGCCCCAGAACGCCGUACAAGCGCUUGAAAGCUUGAAAUCCCGAUCUGAAAUCAAAGAAGUGCCUGCAUUCAAGCAAUAUCUAGGCAUGAAUAUUAAAGCAACAUCUACUGGCAUCCACCUAUCACAGGAGGAUCAGAUUGAUGACCUCGUCAACUCUUUCAGGCUCCAUAAUGCCCAUCCUACCAAAUCACCCCUUGAUCCUGGAACAAUUAUCGAUGAUGCUCCGGAUCCAAAAAUCAAUAUCAAAGAAUACCAGCGUGGUACUGGCGUCUUGCAAUAUCUAGCUACAAAACUAGGCCAGAUAUCAGCUGAGCUGCCUCCGUCGCUUCUCUCUGCAUGUCAACCAGAAGAUUUUCCAAAUCUGGAUACAAUAGCUCUUGCGGGUGAGCCGGUGCCACAGGGGUUAGCCGACGCUUGGUGCGGCAUGAUCUCAACCGGUACACGCCUCUUCCCUCGUCAAAAAAUCACUAUCGGCCUGCCUCUGCCGGGAAUGAACGCAUAUUUAUUCAACCACCGCCGAUGCCCAGUUCCCGCUGGGGUUAUAGGGGAGCUGUAUCUCUCUGGGGAGCAAGUGACGCCAGGGUACUGGAAUUUCAAGCAUAAUGCGGCUUUCACACACGACCCCUUCUCUCCAGGCCAGAUUAUGUAUCGAACCGGCGACCUGGCGUACUGGGACUCCUUCAAGAACCUUGUAUACGUCCGCAGAGUGGACAACCAGAUCAAAGUACGCGGUUACCGUGUUGAACUUGAGGAAAUUGAGCACGCGCUGGGCAGAGCCGAUAGCCAUGUUCGGAGCGCAGCGGCUAUCGUCGUAGAUAAUGUGCGGAUAAUCGCAUUCGUCGCGCCAGAAACAGUCGACGCCUCUGCCCUCCGUCGACAACUGGUUACCUUGCUGCCCAAAUAUACCAGGCCCACCGAGAUCUUCGCACUCCCAUCUUUACCGACGUCUGCGAAUUUCAAGAUCGACCGGCGGGUGCUGCUAGACCUGGCGAGAACAAACAAAGGCCAAGGUGAACUGCCAUCUACACCGACAGAGACUCUUAUUGCGGGAAUCUGGAGAAAUUUGUUACAGUCUCACUUAGACCCGACUCGGGAAAUCCACCGCGAUGAUGAUUUCCUGGGCAUUGGCGGAACCUCGCUGCUCUCAAUCGAGGCGGCGAGAAGCAUAUCUACCGCACUAGGCCAUCAGAUUCCUAUCUCGGUACUCAUUCGGGAGACCAUUUUGUCUGACCUGGCAGGCAGGGUCGAUGAGUAUAGCAAAACCGAGCACGGCACCACCGGCUCGUUUGCAUCCUAUCUCAAGGCAAACCCUACUCUAGCCGAGGACGUAACUACACCUUCCUACCUCGAAGAAGGACUCUUCCAUCUCUACUCACAAACGAGCACGAAAAGUGCAUUUCGCGUCGCUGUUCAGUUCGUCGCUAACGGGAUUGUUAACCAUGAGGCUCUAUGCGAUGCCUUUAUAGCCAUCAUCCGCGAAGACCCCAUCCUCCGAGCACGCUAUUCCGCCGAAGGAGGUGUUCUUCGCCGGACGAUUAGUGAACAGGUUUCCCCUCCCAAAUUUUACGUUGGGAGUGCGAUUAAUUCUGAGCAGCUUGAGGAUCUUGCUAACAAGCCCUUCAACCUUGGAUCGGAUCAGCUUCUGCGCGUUGUGAUCUGGAAGAGAGAUACAAAAACGACAGUUAUUAUAAUUGUUGUCCACCAUAUUAUCACGGAUAAAGCUUCAAUUGCUCUUAUGCUACAGGCUUUGACCCAUAACUACCAUGCUGCCCUUGGAAGACUUUCAGCAACUCAUAACCCGUGCACCAGACUAUCCGAGUACCAAGGCAACUAUAUAACGUGGGCGCAGUGGCUGUGCGAUACCGGAAGCACCAGAGGCAGCACAGAAGCAACGCGCAAAAGGGAAGUGUUCUGGAAAUCCUAUCUUCGUGAUAUAACCCUAUUGCCGGCUCUUUCUUCACUCUCUAGCAAGACUGCCUGCCACGAGGGCACUCACCGCUCCAAUCUCAUCCCAUACCACGCAGGAAAGCCGUACUCACAGCUCGCCAUCGCAACAACAGCGCUUUCUCUCCAUAGCGCAUUCCAAGCGACUGAUAUGGUCUUGGCUGUCCCAUUUGUCAACCGCGACGACGAAGCCACGGCCACAACCCUCGGACUGUUCGUUGAUCGGUUACCUAUCCGCCUAAACCUGAAUAAGUACUUGGAGUCUGAUAGCAUACUCCACCAGAAUAAAGACACAUUCGUCGCAGAUGUAUCAGAUCAGAUAACUGGUGCUGUGGAUAAUUACCUGCCUUAUAGGCACAUUGCAAAACUCCUGUCUGACACGACCACGGAUACGGACAGCCUUCCUGCUGAACCCUUCUUCGCCGCGAUGGUCGUCUACCAUUGGGCCUCUGAUGCGCUAGAGAACAUUACCGUGCGCAGCUGUCCUCUCCGCCCUCGUGGCGCAAUGCACCCCCUAACGUUUGAGUUCACCGAACAAGAGGAUGGCUUAUUGUGUGUGCUGGAGUUCAAUCCUGUUCUUAUGGCGGAUGAACAUCUUACAGUCAUUCUGGAGGCGCUUCCAAGGGUUCUUAGUGGUCUGGUAAAGGGACUGGGACCGCAGGAUAUUCUCACUGCCGUCACAGUCGGGCAGAGCAGUGCCGGGUUAGCAAGGGCUUAG